AUGGCAAAAGGACGAGGAUCCCGCGCCUCGAACGGCUCGACCGCAUCGGAGAGGCACACAUCACCAUCCGCAUCCUCCAACGGUGUUGGCGCCUCAACAUCUCAGCAGGGAGUUGCGGAGGUCACGGACCCGUCAUCCAUCGCAUCCUCAUCCAGAGACCCGUUCUCCUAUCACACCGUCUCACUAGCGCCUACCGAUGCGCUCCCCUACUACGACCGGGAGCUGGAGCUUCAACCCGGCCUUCGAGCCCGCGUUGAUGCUCUCAUCACCGCCGAACAGUCCACACUCCCUCCUCUCGACUCCACCCGCCUUCCACCGGCGUACGAGCUGUUCCGUGGGCGGCCCGAUCUUCGUGCGGAGCUCGACCGCGUCUCGUCCGGCCAGCCGUCUCGCGCGCUCGAUACCCAGCGGUACACCCUCCCCGCACCCACCGACGGCGACUCUGCCUCCAUCGAAGAGUGGCAACGCGCCGUAGACUCGGCCUAUGCCCAGCUGGGCCACAUGGAUGUGAGACUGAAAAACAUCGAACUGCUCAAACGCUUCGGCCCCAACGCUUGGCGCUUAUCCAAUUUCAAUCAGGAACAACAGAUCAGAACGCUCAGCGAGGAACUGGAGAGAGUCAAGGCAGAGACCAACGAGGUGAAUAGAAUAAGGCAGAAGGAUCAGACUGAAGCAGGGGCGAAAUUGGCAGGGAUGGAAAAGAGGUGGACGGAUCAUAUCGGGAGAGGGCUGCAGUUGGAGGUGGCCAAUGUGACGAUCAGGGAGGAGGUGGAGGUGUUGAGAGGGAAGAAGAGGCGGUUGGAGGGGGUGUUGGCGGAGAUGGAGUGA